CAGCGUCUGGGGCAGGGAGGGGCUGGCUGGCCGGGCUCCCUUUUGCGGAAGUGGGUGGCUUCGCUCCCCCAGAGUGGAAGGAAGGAGAGAGCGCGAGCCCAGCGGGGUCCUCCGCACCUUUCCCCCAGCGCCGUCUCGACCCGAAGGAGGAUGGCAGGGCGGCUCCCGGCCUGCGUGGUGGACUGUGGCACCGGGUAUACCAAACUGGGAUAUGCUGGUAAUACAGAGCCACAGUUCAUCAUUCCAUCAUGUAUCGCUAUCAAGGAAUCUGCCAAGGUUGUCGACCAAGCACAGAGAAGGGUUAUGAAAGGUGUGGAUGACCUAGACUUCUUUAUUGGGGAUGAAGCAAUAGAAAAACCAACAUAUGCAACAAAGUGGCCAAUCCGUCAUGGAAUAGUUGAAGAUUGGGAUUUGAUGGAGAGGUUUAUGGAACAAGUUAUCUUUAAAUAUUUAAGGGCAGAACCUGAAGAUCAUUAUUUUCUAUUGACUGAACCCCCUCUAAAUACUCCAGAAAACAGGGAAUAUACUGCUGAAAUCAUGUUUGAGUCCUUCAAUGUUCCUGGGCUUUACAUUGCUGUUCAGGCCGUCCUUGCCUUAGCUGCGUCUUGGACAUCAAGACAAGUAGGAGAGCGAACACUGACUGGAACGGUUAUAGACAGUGGGGAUGGUGUCACUCACGUCAUUCCUGUGGCUGAAGGUUAUGUGAUUGGCAGCUGUAUCAAACAUAUUCCAAUUGCAGGACGAGAUAUAACUUACUUUAUUCAACAAUUGCUAAGAGAACGAGAAGUAGGAAUCCCUCCUGAACAAUCAUUGGAAACUGCUAAAGCGGUGAAGGAACGCUUUAGUUAUGUCUGCCCUGAUUUAGUAAAAGAAUUUAACAAGUAUGACGCAGACGGUACCAAGUGGAUCAAACAAUAUACUGGAAUCAAUGCAAUCUCAAAGAAAGAAUUUACCAUUGAUGUUGGCUAUGAGAGAUUCUUGGGGCCAGAGAUCUUCUUUCAUCCUGAGUUUGCUAAUCCAGACUUCACACAGCCUAUCUCAGAAGUAGUAGACGAGGUUAUUCAGAACUGUCCCAUUGAUGUUAGACGUCCGCUAUAUAAGAAUAUUGUCCUCUCUGGAGGCUCCACAAUGUUCAGGGACUUUGGUCGCCGUUUACAACGAGACUUGAAAAGAACUGUUGAUGCCAGACUGAAACUCAGCGAGGAACUGAGUGGUGGCAGACUGAAGCCUAAACCUAUUGAUGUACAAGUUAUCACACACCAUAUGCAAAGAUAUGCUGUCUGGUUUGGAGGAUCAAUGUUGGCUUCCACGCCUGAGUUCUACCAAGUAUGCCACACCAAAAAAGAUUAUGAAGAAAUUGGUCCUAGCAUCUGUCGUCACAACCCAGUUUUUGGAGUUAUGUCUUAAAUCCGACCUGCCAUGAGUUGGAUCUAGGGAGGUUGGCAGAUGGAGGGUCUUUCUCAAUACUUGUUUGUCUGGAUGGCCGGUAUUAAGAUAACAAAACAUGACUUGAAAAUAAGAAAAAAAAGACCAAACACAAUUAAACAGGAAUAUUUUAAUAAGUGUCUCAACAUGCAGAUGUAGUGGGAAGCCAAAAUGAUUCCAAGUGUUUUUUUUCCUUUCGAUUGAAUAUUUGAUCCUGUGCGUAAACAAAACAAAAGAAGUGGGUUUUUGUUCUUUCUGUGCCCUGAUAUUUUGUAUAUUAAUGGAAUAUCCAAGAUUUGAUGGGAUUUGAUGGUGUGUAGAUAGUCAGCUCUAUAAUUCUUCAAUUGUACUCUUACACGUGUACAAUGAGAGAGCUUGUUUAUAUUUCAUACUUUUUUAUACGUUGAGAAAAAUAUCAGUGAAUGAAAGAAAUGUAAUAUUUGACAAGAGAAAUACCAGUGACCAAUUUGAGAUGAAUAAUAAUAAUAAUAAUGCCCACAUGAAGCUCAAUCAUGUGAAUCUCUAGUAACUUCAAAUUAUGACCAAUCUUAAAACUUGGGUUCCACACAAUGCUUUUGGAACUAAGGAGCUAGAAUCUUGGAUUAACUGAUGCCUGCUAGUGCUUUCUGAUUACUCAGUGCAUUUUCAUUCUAUUUCUUGCUUUGGGGGCGGGGGGGAAGUAAAGACAAGACUGUUGGACCAGUAUUGCAGUUCUGUAGUGUCAUUUCUAAUUACAACCAAAUAUUCAAGUUAUCAAAUUAGGUGUAUUCCACCAUUCCAAUAAAGACACAAAAAUUCUUUUUAA